AUGUCCCGUCCGGACGCUUAUUAUACACGUGUCGACGGAAAUCGCGAGCACACUGUCGUCAUUUUUGGAUGGUCCGGCGCCGCCGACAAGAAUGUUCAAAAAUACUCGCAAUUUUAUAAUUCGUUAGGAUAUCCGACGAUUCGAUUCACGGCCGAAACGGAAAUUCAAGGAUUUGGGGUGAAAAACCUUCGAAACGUCGAGAAAUUGGCGCAGUGCAUCGAAACGCAUGCCUCCGACAGUCGACUGAUCCUUCAAGUGAUGAGCAUGAACGGCUUCGCCUCGUUGUGCUCGCUUCACCUUCAACAACCGCACCUUGGCGUAUUGCAACGAGCCGAUGGGAUAUUAUUCGAUAGCUGUCCGAUUCAAAGUGUCGAUUUCGGUUGGAGGAACUUCAAAAGCUACUCGGACGUUCUGGAUUUUGUCAUCAGCGAGAAAACGAGAGAAUCGAACGCGCUAGUGAAAUCGUAUUACCAAAUUUGGAAACUUGUCGAGAUUGCGCGAGAUGUCUAUCAGCAUUAUAGGAACAGAUAUUUGAUAUUAUUGGGAAUUUAUACCGCAGAUCAACUCUCGUGCUAUCAUUAUCUAAUGAAUCAUCCGAAUUUGCCGAAAAUUCUUGCGUUUGUCUAUUCGGACGCCGAUAUUAUUUGCUAUUCGGAGUACAUGGAGAUUAAUAACCUGACGCUCAUCAAUUUGGUGCUGAAAUUCGCUGGUCCGAUGCAUGAAGCUGACCUGAGCUUGUAUCUACUCGGAAUUCAGCUCAUGUGCUCGGCGCUCGCCUUCUUCAUUCGAUUAUAUUUGGCUUCUUUUGUGUAUGAUGCCGUUGAUUGA